UCGUUGUUCAAAUAUUGUGAAGCUAGUAACAUCUUCGUGGCGAGCGUUGUGCAAGUGUCUAAGUGCAAGUCUAAGCUAGUGGAAGGAGUUGUUUGUCGUCCAGUGACAUUAUCCGUGAUCGGUUUCAAGUGUUUCAGUGUGCAGAACAGCGGCUAAGCCAUGGCUACCACCCCAGAGAAGGAGCUGAGUGCGUCGGAAUUGGUCGACCUGGCCCCCUUGGCGACUGAGCCAGGGAAUGAUCUGAUAUCGACCGUACAGGAACGGGAUGAGCAGAAGGCCGCUCAAGAUCAGAGUGUCGAGAAGCCGGAUGAGGAUCAGUCGAAAAUCGAGAAGGCUCUAGAAGAUGCAAUGAGCGACAUUGUGGAGCGAGGUGAAAGUGAAGACAUCAGUGGAAAGCCGAUAGAAGCUUUGGAGAAAAUCCUGGAAGAGGCAAACAGCGUGGACGAGGAUCACGUCGAGCAAGAGACCACUCACGACGAAGCUCAUGAUGAAGCUCACGAUAAAGCCAUCAUGGAGGCCUCGGAAGAUGCAGCCGAAGGCGAAGAUCGCUGUGCACGUGUGGAGAUCUAGUGCCAAUUAGCAGACGAGCUGGCGAUGAACUGACUUGGAGUGAGAUCGCGACUGAAGGGUGGUUCACAGCUGUAGCCAACCAGGAUAGCCAGUAGCAGCAGAGGGAAUGAAAAGAGCGAAUGAACCGGUUAAAGAGCCGCGUGUGUCACAAUGAUGAUGGAUAUUGUCCUGCAAUUUCCGAUAAAGGGAUAAAAAGCAGUAUUUGGUGUGCAGUAUUUUUGGUAAAACAAAAUUAUUGAAUAAAAUAAA